AUGGGUGUUGAUUUUCUGGGUUUUGCAUACGCCGCUACCGUGGCCGCUGGUGGAAUCAUGGGUUAUGCGAAAGCAGGGUCUAUACCAUCCCUUGGAGCAGGUAUCAUCUUCGGAUCAAUUCUCGGCAUGGGAGCAUAUCAGCUUAGCCAGGACCCCUCCAAAUAUGGUUUGAUGUUGGGCACCACCACAGCGCUGGGAGGACUUAUGGGUUACAGAUUCUACAACAGCAGGAAGUUCAUGCCAGCCGGCCUAGUGUUCUGUCUAUCAGUGGGAAUGUUGGCCAAACUGAUGGUGAAAAACGUCGGCUCUGGCCCAGUGCCCGUGAAAACUGAUAGAAAUGAAGAGAUAUGA